GCCCAGCAGGCGAUGAGCCGGAGCGAGCCGCAGCAAGAGCCGCCCGGAGCCUUUCCACAGGACGAGGCGCCCGACUCGCCGGCGGCUCCCGGCAAUCCCAGCCGCAGCCCGGGUCUUCGCCUUUCCGAGCUACUUCCCAUCGCGCUGCCCCCCGGCCUCGUUUCUCUCGGGCCCUGUGUUACCGAAGGAGGGCAUUAGCCUUGAGCAGCCGAUUAAAAGCGGCUUCGCUUCGUUGCACUACCGCUUCGUGUCCUCGGCCCGGCAGUAGAUGAAGGUCUGGCGCUAUGGCAAUACCCGAUGGAAAUCACUGCUCCUCGGGGAGCCGGAGGUGGAAAUCUCGCCUCCCUGCACGGGCCUCAGUGGGAUUUCCCCCGAAGGUGCUGUGAGCGUAGCGGGCUGGAGGCUGUCAGGGCUGGCCAUCCCAGCCUUCACCCUCACAGCCAUCACAUGCUUUACAAGAGGACUUGACCUCAGGAAAGAGAGGGAAGAUGUCCUCUGCCCAGCAAAUUGUCCCCUAUGGCAGUUCCAUGUCUAUGGAAAUGGUGUUUAUGCCUCCCUUUCUAGCAUCUGUGGAGCGGCCAUUCACAGUGGGGUGAUCACAAGUACAGGAGGACCUGUAAGAGUACAAAGCCUGCCUGGGGAGGAAAAUUAUCCUGCUGUGUAUGCCAACGGGAUCCAAUCUCAGGCACUCACUAGAUGGGCUUCAUCUUUCUCAGUGUCCAGGGUAAAGAGUGUAGCCCUUGCAGCUGCUGGACAACCAGUAUCAACAGUGCGUCCCUCCACAGGAAAACGACCUAAGAAACCCCUUGAGAAAAAGACUGGGAACAAAGACUGUAAAGCAGAUAUUGCUUUUCUGAUUGAUGGAAGCUUCAAUAUUGGGCAGCGUAGAUUUAAUUUGCAGAAGAACCUUGUUGGGAAAAUAUCUGUGAUGCUGGGAAUUGGAGCUGAAGGACCACAUGUGGGUGUUAUACAAGCCAGUGAACAUCCAAAAAUUGAAUUUUAUUUGAAAAACUUUACUACUGCAAAAGAUGUUUUGUUUGCCAUAAAGGAAAUAGGGUUCAGAGGAGGCAAUUCUAAUACAGGAAAAGCCUUGAAGUUUACAGCUCAAAGAUUCUUCUCUGUGGACAAUGGAUCACGCAAAGGGAUUCCUAAGAUCAUAAUAGUUUUCUUAGAUGGCUGGCCCUCAGAUGAUUUAGAAGAAGCUGGUAUAGUGGCCAGAGAAUUUGGUAUCAAUGUAUUCAUUGUGUCUGUAGCAAAACCCACGCCUGAAGAGCUGGGAAUGGUUCAAGAUAUUGGCUUUGUUGACAAAGCUGUCUGUCGGAACAAUGGCUUCUUCUCUUACCAAAUACCCACCUGGUUUGGUACUACUAAAUAUGUAAAACCCCUUGCGCAGAAGUUGUGCACUCAUGAGCAAAUGUUGUGCAGCAAGACCUGCUAUAAUUCUAUCAACAUAGCUUUUUUGAUAGAUGGGUCUAGUAGUGUUGGAGACAGCAACUUCGCCCUUAUGCUUGAAUUCAUCAGUAAUGUUGCUAAAGCCUUUGAGAUCUCCGACAUUGGCUCCAGAAUUGCAGCUGUGCAGUUUACCUACGAUCAACGUAGUGAAUUCAUUUUCAGUGACUACACCACAAAAGAAAAGGUUCUCACUGCAAUCCGGAACAUACGUUACAUGAGUGGUGGUACUGCUACUGGGGAAGCCAUUUCUUUCACAAACAAAAAUGUGUUUGAACCAGUAAAGAAUGGACCCAACAAAAACUUCCUUGUUAUUUUGACUGAUGGUCAGUCUUAUGAUGAUGUAAGAGGGCCUGCAGCCGCUGCACACAAAGCAGGUAUUACAGUUUUCUCCAUUGGUAUUGCUUGGGCACCACUGGAUGAUCUGAAAGCCAUGGCCUCUGAACCGAGAGAUACUCAUACUUUCUUCACAAGAGAGUUUACAGGAUUGGAGCAGAUUGUUACUGAUGUUACUAGAGGCAUUUGUAGAGAUUUCUUGGACUCUAAUCAGUAAAGGAGAACCUGUUGGAUAUUACUACUUCAAAACUAAAUCAGGAAAGCUGAGAAUGUCUCUCUAAAGUGCAAAUGUUCCAUUCUUUUAAUAUGCAAUCAUAAUGUGUUUGAAUAAGUUGCAAAGGCUGCCUUCUGCUUUCUGUAUUCAAACAAAGCUUCCAUUUAACAAGUUGUGUUUAAUUAAGGAUUGCAGAAUUUGGCCAAAGGUUACCAUUUUAAAUAUACAUUUAACAUCCCAGAAUUUAAAUUUAAAGCUAUGCAUAUGUUACACUUACAAGAUAUCAGCCGUAUAGAGAAAUAGAUAAUAAUUUAGUUCUCACAUUAAUGUACUGUCAUUUACCAGAUGUCACCUCAUAAAUGAAAAUAACGUUAAACAUAUAACACAACAACUUUUAUAGGAUCUAUACAAAUUAAGAUACUACAUUUAUUCCAGGAGGCGCUGUUAGUAUUGUAAUGAAAGGACUAGCCUGUGAAUCUGUUGUUUUCACGGAAAUAUUUUCAUUAUCAGGUGUGCAGCAACAACUAUUACCUUAAAACUUAGCAUUUGAGUCAGUUCUGAUUGAUCCAAACAAACCCGGGAGUGGCAGACUUUACAUACAUAGGUUGUCUCUGGAAUGAAUGGCAAUUAAUUCAAAUUAGCUUCCAUUUUCCUGGGAAAAAUAUGUCAAGACACUUCCCAGGUACUUAAAAUGGGACAAUGGAUUUGCACUUCCAUGGAAUCCCAAGAUAAAAGAGUUGAUUCAGGGUGAAAUUUGACCUCCAUUUUACCCAUCAUGUAGUUUCUAAUGUGAUGUGUGUCAGAUCUUUUAGGCCUUAUCACCUUGGCAAAAUGUCUUCCAACUGCUAUUCAAUGUUAAAUUUCCAGUAAAUUCAAAAGGUCUGAUUUUUCUUCUCUACCUUGCUUGUUGGACAGUCAUUUAAAUAUGGGUUGAAAAUGCUAGUAUGCUUAGUAGUGUUUACACGGACUUUUUUAGAGGUGUAAAUGAUGCAAAGUUCAAGGCACAGAACUAGGGCCAAAGCAAUUAUAUUCACCCUUCAAAUGGGAGUUGAGGACAUUAAGACUGAAAACCAAAAGUAGCUCAGAUGACCAGCUUUAAUUUGCCUACAGCAGUUUACCAAAGCCAAUAGAGAGGACUGUAAGUAGGAAGAGAGAGAGAUAGGACAUGAUGACCAGCAAAUGAUUACUUUUGCAGCAGCUGUUUGAUAUCAGUUAUAACAUCUUUAAGCCCUUACUAGUGUGGGUUGUUAAACAUGAAAAUAGUUCUUGAACAUCUCUUCCAUUUGCUUACACCUAUACAUGUACAUGUCUUUGAGAUUAAAAUUAGCAAUUCACUGCAAGAGGUGUUCAGACAUCUGAAACUAACAGUACAUUUUGAUUGAAGUAUUUUUGGAUAACCCAGUUUAUUUCAGGUAAGAUUCUGUUAACAAAACAGCACUUUCCUGUUUAAAUAUCAGUCUGGGGUUUCUUUUAUUUCUUUCAGUUUGUGCUAUUGGUUGUACAAUUCUAACUAGAUAUGAAUGGUACAGAAGGGAUGAUAUUUAUCAGGCUUUUUGUAGUGUAUUUUUUUUAAUAACUUAUGACUGGCAAUAUAUUACACUAAACAUGAAUGGCAAGGAUGCCUUGUAUUUUUCUAUGAUUGUUAUCCUUAAUUUUAUGUGUGUUUUUAGAUGUGGUUUUUAGCUAUUGCUGUAAGAAUCAGCCACAUAUUCAGAGACAAUAUCAACAUUGUGCAGACUAUAAAAGUUUUGCCCAGUUAGCUUUAACUUUUUUAUAUGAAAAUACACAUAUUGCAAGUACAUUUUUAGACUGGGACAGCAGAUAGGUAUUACUAUUCUGUAAUGCAAAAUCAUUCUGUGAUGAGAUAAACCUCCUGUAGUACAGAUCAGAUAUGUCAAUAAAGCAAACAAUGUAAAGAAUGCAAGUAUCAGCAUUGUUUUUCAUUACUGAAUUGCAAAGAAAAAAGUUAAAGUAUCCUAACAACU